AUGGACUAUACCCUCGCGGCGCUGAAGAUCUUCGGCUCCCAGCUCGCCGACUGCACCGAGGCGCCGUCCUCUGAGGGUUCCUCUGCCGCGCAGAUGCUCAACGGCAUCCGCUUCCAGCGCGCCUGGAUCCAGGGUGUGAUCCUGUCAGCGGACUACAACGAAGCUGGCGAUGGGCGCUUGUUGCUGGAUGACGGGUCCUGCAUCGCCGACCUCUUCGUCUUGCCCAAAGAAGCAGAGGGCCGGUACUGGCGGCCAGGGAUGUAUGUAAUGGUUAUUGGUGCAUACAUUGCAGCAGAGUCCAAGGACAAUUAUCCAGCUAUCAAGGUGCCAUAUUCCUCAUUAGUCACUCCUCAAGUCUGCCCCUGUCUUCUUGUAUUCCUUUUUCCAACCAUUUACCGAGUAUUGGAGGUCCUCAGUACUAAGAAUUGGAGGUUCUCUCUCUGUGAUCUUUGUUCUUUAAUAUUAUUGCAAACUUCAUUUUGA